CCCACACACAGUCCAUGCCAAGUUACAUCAACUCAUCAUUCUCUCUUUGUCUCUCUCUUUUUUUGCAUGAUGGGCAAUCCCAAAGUGAAUCCCCUGGACAUUUCAGAAAUUGUUUUACAUGUUGGCGACUUUCUAGAGCGAGAUGCUCUCUUACGCUGUAUUCGUAUCUCUAGAACUUUUCACGAUACACUUGUCAAGUCCAUCUGGAAAAAAAUCACUAUUGAAGCUCACGCAAGGUAUCCAACUGGUGAGGCGCUACAGAACUACAAGAAAUACAUUGAGGAGCUUAAGUUUAACGAAAGCUUUUCUGAAGAGUACCUAUCAUUGCAAGGUUGUAGUCGUCUCCGAUCCAUCGAAUGUUCAGGUGUCUGGAGCUCACCCAGUCCGGAUCAGGUUUUCGACUUGAUCAAGCCCCACAGCUCCACAAUCACCAAGCUUAGUUUCAAAUUUUCAAAUCUGCGAAACAAGUGGGGAACUCUUUUGGGAUGCACUCGCUUAGAAGCCUUGGACAUCUAUCAUACACAUAUACUCGAAGAUGAAUUCGCUCAAUUCUUUCAAAUCUGUCACAAGGUUAGAUGGCUGCACUUAUCUGGCAUAAAGAUCAAUCAGUUUCCUCUCAACUUCUUGGACGACGACAAGGAGGAAUAUAUUUUUCUAAAUAUGACCACAUUACGUCUAUAUAAUGUUGAAAUUUCCAAUCCUCCACAUCCGCAUACAUCAUCUUACUGUCUGGGGAUAUUGACUAAGAGAUGUCCAGGACUACGAUCGCUGGAAUUCUUUUAUUACAGAGAGGAUACCCAAACAACACAACAAAUGGAUAUUACUUUCUAUAGGACAGCGCUCCUUCAUCAUCCAUAUACUCUGACAAAUCUAUCGGAUGUAUACUUUCCACUGAUGAAAAUAACAGACGAGGAGAUGGCAACACUUCUCAAAAAAAUGACUAGUCUUAGACGACUAGAAGUCCCGGAUUGUGAUUUCGGUCCACUCUCUAUUCGAGAAUUAUUAGCAGAUGAGCAGGAGGUUUUGGAUGGUGGAAGGAUAGUACGACAAAGAAGAGAUCAAAGGCUUUGUGAUACAGUUGAGAUAGUGAAAGUCAAUCAGCAAAGCAAAAGGACCGAUGGAGUCGCUCAAGUAUUCCUAUCCAAUUGUCCACGUCUGAAGAGGCUAUAUGGACCUAAAAUUACAGUAACAGAAGUUGUCGGUAGUGCAGAAUGGGUUAGCACUGGACUGACUAAGAUGAUGGUUCGUCUUGUGGUUGAUGUUGAUCCAGUGACCAAAGAAGGCAAGGAGAAGGGACGCAUUGUGUAUGACCGGAUAUGCAAUUUGGCUCGAUUAGAUCUAUCUGAUUUGACGUAUUUCAGUGGUCUUCUAUCCUUUGCAAGAAUAAAUGUAGCCUAAAGAACAUGUGGUGGUUAACACAAAGACCUGAGAAUCUACAGCGGAUAGUGGGGGGUAGAGUAUAAAAACUUAA